AGGUAUUGUGUGUGCUGUUAUCACUUAUGUUUCUUUUGUGAUGGAAUCGAGUUGACUCGAGGAAAGAAACAAAAUUGAAAGUCGACUGAGAAAUUCCACGAAUUUUUGAACUUUCUUGUAGACUUCUGACGAGAUGGCGACAGUCAGCAAGGUGUUUUCCAAGGUGAAGAUGGUGGAGCCGAUUAAAGUUCCGCCCGUUAAAGCAUGCAGACCUGUACAGAAUCCUUAUAAAGAGCCGGAGCGGAGGAAGCACGCCAUCCAAGUGAUAGUGGGCGGCACGUUGACGUUCGCCGGCAUCUGCCUGUACCGCGGGGACGAGAAGUUCUACAAGCAGUUCGUGACGCCGGCAAUGCGGAUGAUUGAUGCGGAGCAGGCGCAUCGGUUUGCCGUCAGAUGCGCGGCUUUUGGCCUCUUGCCAAGGCCCAAGAUGCGGCCCGACCCGCCGUCCAUGGCCAUCGAGGCUUCGCAAAAGUUUCCUCAGAACUUCCGCAGUUGCUCAGAGGAAGUAACU